UAUGGAGGAGUCCACAGCAGACGGCGUGUCAGCGCCUUUACCUGGAAGAUGUGCUUUUUAUGUAGUAAAAAAGAAACGAUACUGCAAGAUGAUUGUUGGAAACGGAAAAACCUUCUGCGGGGAACACGCAAACGCUGGUGAAGACAGUGAGAAAAAACGAAUACCCUGUCCUCUGGACCCUAAACACACUGUAUUUGAAGAUAAUUUGGCAAAACACUUAAAGAAAUGUAACUCCAAGGAGAAACCUAAACCUGUUUAUUAUGUGAAGGACAUCAAUGCUGGGUGCACAAGUGAAGAAGAAGAACUGACAGAGGAGAUAUCCAUCGCUGAUCGAUCCAAAGAGGAGCUGGAUGAGCUGAUUUCGAAACUCAAGACUGCUUUACAAGGUCUGAAUACCAAACUUGAUGAAAACACACUGUCACAUUCUGCUCUAGAUGAGCCUUUAAAUGAUCCAAAGAAUGGAGAUUCUGCCUUUAAACACCUCAAACAACAGGCCUCAAUCCUUGGAAACAUGGAGGCUUUAAAACUGCUCCGCCCAGACAGAUGCUACAUAGAGUUUGGGGCCGGGAAAGGAAAACUGUCCCAUUGGAUUCACAUUGCUCUCAAAGCAGCUGAAAAUGUCCAUUUUUUACUUGUGGAAAGGUCCAGUACUCGAUUUAAGGUAGAUGGCAAACACAAAAAUGCAGACUCAACAUUUGAUAGGUUGCAAGUUGAUAUUCAACACAUUGAUUUAAGAAAAGUUCCUCUCCUAAGAGAAAAAGGACUUCCUGUUGUUGGUGUUGGUAAACACCUCUGUGGUGCAGCGACAGAUUUGGCCCUUCGAUGUUUAUUUGAGCACACGGGCACAGACAACAAAGAUCAGCCUCCAAGCAAACGCAUUAAACUCCAGCCAAAAGAGGGAGCUGGGGAUGAAAUGGAGCCCAUUCCACCAACCGAAUGUGAUGAGCUUGAAGUGUCAGGAUUGGCCAUCGCUUUGUGCUGUCACCACCGUUGCGACUGGAGACACUACGUGGGGAAAGAGUUCUUCAGGCAGCGAGGUCUUGGACCGGAAGAGUUUGCUGCUUUUCAACGCAUGUCAAGCUGGGCCACAUGCGGCAUGAGAAAAUUGAGUUCCAAGAUAUCAGAACAAACAACUGACCACAAAAAAGAAGAGGAGGAAGAAGAAGAACAUGAAAAGAAUGAAGAAGCUGUUCCAGAUAGCCUCAACGGUGUAAUGUCAGUUGAAGACCGGGAACAGAUCGGACGCCUAUGUAAAUUUCUAAUUGACAUGGGGAGAGUUUAUUACCUCCAGCAAAGAGGUUUUGAAUCCAACCUGAAGUAUUACACAAGCAGAGAUGUGUCACUGGAAAACGUGUUACUAACUGCCGUUCCCACAACCAAUAAGAAUGGAGAUGAAUUUAAACUGCCUUCUUAAAACAAUCAGUGGGUUACAUAGACAUGACAAAGCACAUAUUAGCCAGCAGUGCUGUGCAGAACAUGUAUGGUUCUUUUUUUAUUUGAUGAGUGUUUAUGGAAUUUUUGUUUUAACUCAUCCACAAACAUUAGUUAUGACAAACAAGUAGGAAACAGGAAGUCAAAUCCAACGAAAGGCACAGAGAACAAAACAUUUUCCAAAUCCAUUUACAAGACAAGAAAAGCACAGAGGACUCUUCGCAGGACUUGGGAGACAAAACUUGGCUUGAUAAACCAGAAGAUCAAGCCAAGCCCUUCGAAGACAGACGAGCAGACAGUAGCCAGCAAGCGAGCUGGCACGGCAUUCAAGUUCACAUUUAGUACUGAUGUGAAAGUUUGGGAUCCUGAAAUGCAUAUUUAAAGCAAAAGUUGGUCAUUAACAGGGUCUGAUUACUUCAGUUCCAGAUCUGUUUUAUUUAUGCAAUGUUUUAUAUUAAAGUUCUACCAUUUGUGUACACAGUA